GAUAAGGUUGGUGUAGCCAAUGCAUAUAUCAGUGCCACCACAGCCAUAUCCAAGCCUGUUGACCAUAUAUGUAUAUGUGAAUGUCAAGGCAUGGAAGGGAGAGGGAGCAUUUAGGUACAGUGAAAAUGGCAGCACGACUGGCUCUUUCUUCUCCUCUCACCAACCAAAUUCCAGUCCUGUCAAACCCAAAAUCCCCAUCUCACAAUCUCAGUUCACCAAAGACAAGGCCUUCUCAUUUCAGAGUCCAAGCAAACUCAGGAGGUGGAGAUGAUGGAGAGAUCAAGUCAAAGGGGAAGAGGAAAUUUAUAACUAGAGAAGAAGAACCAGAACAGUAUUGGCAAACAGCAGGAGAAAGAGAAGGAGAGAAUCCCAUGAAGACACCUCUCCCUUACAUUAUCAUAUUUGGCAUGUCAACCCCUUUUGUCAUCUUAGCCAUUGCUUUUGCUAAUGGUUGGGUUAAGGUACCAGCCAGAUGCUUAAUCAUAUGUGUAAUAUUGCAGCACAGAGUACCAACAACUGACUCAAUUUUCCUUCUUUCUUGUUUUAAUUACAAGUUUAUAAAUUUUUGUUUUGGAUGGCUUGUAUCUGAAGCAAUAAAACUUGUUCUGCUUUGGCUGUGCAAUGCUCUACUUUCAUAGCACAGGUUUGAUGAA